GCGGAGAUGAUAGCGUCAAUCGCUGUAGUUCGGAAAUAGGAAUUACGAGGUUUGUCGUGCAAAUUGCACAGCAGUUACGGGGAUAAUAAGAAAAACAUGUUAUUUACUCCGACAUCGUUAACAGAAUGUCUUCAGGAGUGGGAGAGUUUAGAAAAGGACUAUCAGCAGGUCCAGGAGACCCACCGGCUGUACAAACAGAAGCUGGAGGAGGUCUCCAAGUUGCAGGACAGUUGCUCGUCCCAUAUCUCUCGGCAGAGGAAGAAACUGAAGGACCUCUCUGUGUCACUGGAGGAAUGCAGACAGGCCAUGAGUCCAGAUGAUGUGAAAGCGUUAGAAGACAUCCAGGAGGCCAUGAAGGAAAGGCCGAGCGUUUUCUUCGAGAUGGAGUCUUUCCUUCCGAAAAAGAACGGGUUGUAUCUCAAUCUUGUUCUGGGAAAUGUGAACGUGACACUCCUCAACAAGCAAGCCAAGUUUGCCUACAAAGACGAGUACGAGAAAUUCAAGCUGUGUCUCACCAUUCUGCUGCUGUUAUCCUCGUUCACGUGUCGCUUCUUGGUCAGCUACAGGGCUGUGGAUGCGCUCUUUAACUUCCUGCUGGUGUGGUAUUACUGCACACUGACCAUCCGGGAGAGCAUCCUCAUCAACAACGGCUCCAGGAUAAAGGGCUGGUGGGUGGCCCAUCACUAUGUCUUUACAUUUCUGUCUGGGGUCAUGCUGACCUGGCCUGAAGGCACACUCUACCAGAUGUUCAGGAACCAAUUUCUCACAUACUACUUAUACCAAAGCUUUGUUCAGUUUCUCCAGUACUAUUAUCAGAGUGGCUGUCUGUACAGGCUUAGAGCACUCGGGGAAAGACACAACAUGGACCUGACGGUUGAGGGCUUCCAGUCCUGGAUGUGGAGGGGCCUGACAUUCCUGCUGCCCUUUCUCUUCUUCGGUCAUUUCUGGCAGCUGUACAAUGGGCUGACCCUCUUCAGGAUGUUUCAGCUCCCAGAGUGCAAAGAGUGGCAGGUGCUUAUGUGUGGUGCCACGUUUUUAGUUCUAUUCAUGGGAAACUUCUCCACCACACUAGCGGUGGUCUACCAGAAGUACAAGCACAACCGGGGCAAAGCCAAAAGUCUCUAACCAGAGCACUUCCCUCAACACGGAGCCACAGAGUGCCCUGAACCUCAGUUUUUCUGUUGUUUUGUUUUCAUUUAUGUAUUUUUGUAAGAUUUUUGGUCACAAGUUUGAGAAACCAUUGCAUGAACAGUCCACGCAUCUCCGUUGCACAUUUUUUCGUUGUUUACCGCUUUUUAAAUUCUCUGUAUAGUUUUGUUCAACUUGGAACAAAAAUACUCACAGCAAUCUGACCGUGUCCACAGAAGCUGAACUACAGCACAGCGUGUAUUUAUUUGGAUCGAAGGCAUUUUUGCAUUCGUGUCUACACAAUCAAAAUGGAUGCUUCUCUGCACUACAUGCUCCAAGGUCUCGCCAAUGCCAGGUACUGCAGUUUGUCGUAGUUUAGAGCGAGUUUACAGUCAGGGGACUGUGAGGCUCACAUUUCUGCCGUUUUCAUUGAAAGACAUUUGGUGAAGGAAAGCCACUGCACCACUCCGUAUGUUAAUGUGCAUUCUGUAAAUCCAAAUGAAGAUGUCAUUUUGCAGUGUGCUGCUGCAGAAUACUUGAUGUCUUGAUGUGUGCUUUGAUGUCUUGAUGUGCUUGAUGACUCUUUCAGGUAGCGAACAUCGAAUCUGUCACAUCAAACAAUUCUGUCACAAAGAUUAUGCAAAAGUAGAUGUUUCAAAGUGUCUAUCUGUCAUUUUUCAGUUGUGGUUGUCAUUGGUCCUCACAAAAGUCGCACUCCAAAUACCAUUCCAUUUGAAUUAGAAUUUGAAUUUGAAUUAGAAUUUGAAUUUCAAUUUGAAUUUGAGAUCCAUUUGAAAUGAAAUGAAUACUGGGAGUACAUUUAAUUCUUAGAUAAUCCAGCAGUCGUGUAUUUUGCUCUUUUGCAUUCAGCGUGUAACAUUUUGUAUAAAUUUUUAAUACCUGGCAGGAGUGCCUCACUCAACACCAGCAAUGGAAAACGCUACUUAAGGAGCAGUUUAAGAAAGCAAACACAUCAAAUGACCACAAAAAAGUAUGGUAAAAAAAAGCCAUAUUUGUUAUUUAUUAAUGCCAAGUCUGACUUCUUGCCUGACAAAAUGAAAAAGUGAUUGAUGUGUUAUAUUAUCAUCGUAUGUUCAUCUCAACAUACUGAUAUGUUAUAGAAUCAUGUCAUGUUCAUCUCAACCUAUUACAAGUCAGAACACCCACACAGUAUAAAUAAAGUCACCUGAUGAGAAUGUGACAGGUUUACUCAGGCCCGGUGACCGGCCUGGUUGGUCCAGCCCUCUACUGUAUAUCUGAAGGGUGUGAUUUAAUCAGAUUUUGGAACGGGGGUCCCCACCUAUGGAGAACUGGUGGAUAUGUUGGCGUUUAUAUAUUUUUAAUUCACAUUUUAAAAUUGUAUUUUUCAAUAUGAAUAUGUGACCAUGGAAACCCCAUGGAGACCAUCAUCUCUCUCUCCUGGGGCCAUGAGGUACACAACUGGAACAGCUAAAAUACAAAUGUUUACGUACAGGGCAGAAUUAUAUACAAUGCAGAAUAUUCAAUAUUGAAAGACACAAGUGCACAGAUUGUACAAGUGCACUCUUUGGUGAGUGAGCCCUAGUUGAAGUGACCUAUCAGAGCCAAGAUGUCGAGCCAUAAAUUAUUCUGGAGGUCAUUCCAUGAGAUUCAGAAUAGACAUGAUAACUUUGACAAGUACUUUAUUUAGCACGUGUCUGAUGUGUGUUACUAAUGCAGGUGAAAAGUGAUGCAAGACAAACAGGGAGCUUCAAAAAGACAUCCUUUGUAAAGCAACAAAAGCCAAUGUGUUAAAAUCAGAAACCAGUUCAGACCAAAGAUACCAGUCAAUAUGAGUCAUCUGCUAAAUAUGUAGCUUUAAUUUAUCAGUUAAGUGUGCAGUAACACUCCGUAACAACCAGUAGACCUGUAUAAGCAGACCUCACAAUGUUCAAUGUUCACAUGAAUGUUGUGCAGUGUUCUCUACCCUUGUCUUGAAAACGUUGUGUACUUUCCUCAUCCAGCUGCAUUUCAUGAAUUGCACUUCCCUACAUUUAGGGCCAGUUUCGCAGACACAAAUGAAGCCUAGUCCAAAACUAAAUUCUAUUUUGAAUGGAGAUUCUCCAUUGAUUUUGUCCAGGACUAAACUUAAUCUAUGUCCGUGAAACUGGCCCUUUAUGUCUCCGAAGAGCGAUUUGGCUUUAGUUUCCCCUUUCAAAUACAAAUUUGAAGGGAAUUAUUAUAUGUAUUAUUGUUAUUGUCUACCCCUCAGACAAAUUUGGGGCAUCAAUGUAAACAAUAAACCUUUAUGCCUUAUGCACUUGUUAAUUUGGUGAACAAUUCAUUCAUCCCAAUCAACUGGUUAAAUAGGUUUAUGGUUAAAUAAGCACAAGUGAAGAAGCCUUUACAUGCAUAUUUCUGUAAAAACACUCUUCCAGCAAUCUUUCUUUCAUAAAGGACUACAGGAUUUGCACAGGGGAAAGGUCUAUAAACCAGACAUCUGUCAAAGUUAUUCAGCCAUCCGCUGGUGAGAUUGGGAUGGGGUACAGUGUUGGCUAUGUGUUAUCGCGCAUCACAAUUUCUCAUUAUAGUGCAUUAUUCACAGCUGCCAUGAGUGCAGUCAUUGAAUUGUGGUCUUGGCAAUGUUGUUAUUAUCAUAAAGGAAAACUGCAACUAAAGCUUAAACUAGCCAUGAAAAAUACUUUAAAAUGAUGGUAAGAAAUUAGAAAAUUAGGAAACAUGCUUGUCUAAGAAAACGUCAAUUGUUGCCUCUAGAACCAUAAAAGAAACUAAAAGAAAAACCACCAUAAUUUUCUUCUUUUACUUUAGUUUACUUUGAAUACAUUACCAACAGUGUACUCUCUUUCAUUUGAGUGCCUAUUUUUAAGUCACCCAUUUUCUUUAGGUACAUGGGGGUUAGCAGCAUUUAACCUUGCCUUUUGUCGCUCAAAAGAUCUGUCUUCAUCAUACCUCUUUAAAAUGGAGAUUGUUGGUCACUUUGAUCUGUGAAAUGUACAGUAAUGUUUAAAUGUUUUUGAGAAAAUUAAAACAAAUGCAUAUGUAUGGAUUCUGUGAAACUGAA